AUGUCUAUUGUCGCUCUCGCGCGAGCUUCGCUCUGGCCUGAGUAUGUUUUCAAACAGGCCACCGGGCCGUCGUACAAAUUCACAGUUUUGGAGACAUGUGAUAGAAUCAAAGAAGAAUUUAAUUAUUUGCAGCAGCAAAAUCAUUCAUUGCAUAUUGAACGUGAGAAGCUUGUUAGCGAGAGAACCGAUAUGCAACGGAUUUGCGUGAUGUACUAUGAGAUGGCAAACGGCCUUAAUUUAGAGAUGCACAGACAGAUGGAAAUUGCCAAGCGUCUCAGUGCAAUCUUGACUCAAGUUGUGCCAUUCCUUUCACAAGAAGUGAGUUCAUGUUUGAUCAUUCAAUACCGUCAGCAGCACCAAACACAAGUCCUUUCGGCCAUCGAGAGAGCAAAGCAGGUGACAAUGCAAGAAUUGAACUCAGUACUAGCGGCUCAAAUCGAGGAUGCUAAGUCUUCGAAAUUCUUUAAUGGCAGUAACUCAAAUCUGGUCGCUGAGCAAUUAGAAGCAUACAAGAUGUCUGCUUUAUCGGGCACUCCUCCCUCAAGCCUCCAAACGGGAUUACAUGGUCUGAACAUGUCUCAUGGUGGCAGUGGCCCAAGCUACAGCGCCGCCACCAAUCCAUCUAAUUCCCUUCCAGGUGUCCUCCCUUCUAUCUCCCCACCAAACAACCCGGCUAUGUCCGCAGCCCUUUUAAAUGGACUAAUGUCAGCCGCGGGAGCCAAUCCGCUUGGUCCUAGUGGCUUUAUGGUACCAACGACGGGUGCGACAAGUCUGAAUUUUGGACGGGAAUCAGAGAAAAACUCUGCGGAUGAGAAACAACGCGCUGCUGCCGUUGCUGCCGCUAAUUCCCUCUUACUGGGGGCCCGUCCAUCGGGACUGGGCUCAUCGAUACUUCCGCCUUCAAAUCCACUGAGUGGAAUCCUCGGAGGGAACCUCUCUGACUUUCCAGGAUUUCCAGGUUCUCUUCCCCUCGUGCCUGGUUCGGCCGACGCGGGAGAUGUCGGUCUGAAUAUGGGUCACAGUGCUUCGUCCAACGCAUUCCAACAACCAAGCCGUAGUGCGUCUACAGGUAGCGGUGGUGCUGGAUCGGGUGGGCGUCAGAGCAGUGGUACCGGUAGCCUUCACACGGCAGCUCAGAACGUACUGGGCGCGUUGCAUUCCAGCACGUUUACUUCUUCGGUCAGCUCCACCUGUAAUCUUGCACCUGAAGAGAAGCGGCGUAAAUCGGAUGACUCGAGGGAGAAUGGAAACUGGUUCGGCAAUGAUGAGUUCCGCUCCAAUGCAGAUAAAUCCCUCUCCAGCCGACGCAGUGCUGGAGCACAACAGACGACUUCCAGUCCACAACUGAAGUCCGAAAGUAGUUCCUCGUACCCAACAACCUCAAGUGCCCCCGCUGUCGGUUCAGGUGGGGGUGGUGGCGGUGGCCGGUCGUCGCAGGUAUCUGAAUUUUCGGCUGGUACUCGUUGGCGGGGUUCGAGCAAAAGCUCCUCCGGACCCGGUGCUUAUUCUUUCGUAGUCCUUCCUGGUGGUCAACUCAGGCCUUGUGCGCUAGCGUCCGCUCCAGGUGCUGCAACUGCCUCAGGUUUACCCAAGCGGCUCCAGCACCUCGCUAGUUUGCCACAUGGAGAUGUGGUUUGUGCAGUCACGAUCGGAGCAUGCCCAGUCGGUCGUGCCUCCUCGUUCGCUACCUCGUCUGAUUCGUGCCGCGCUUUAAGCAAUGCUACCACCAGCGACGCAGAAAGCUUGGCAGGAUCUCCCAGUUCCAACGCAAUCCCAGCUGUGGCUGCUCACUUCGCUUACACCGGUGCUCGGGGUAGCGUCAAGCUAUGGGACUUGUCAGCGAUCAGUGCAACAAACUUGUCCGGGAUGUCAACGAGAGAUAUCGCUCCCCUAAUGAAUUUCGACUGCCUUUGCCCAGACAGUUAUGUUCGGUCGAUCAAGUUGUUCCCGGAUGCGAGUCACCUCAUCAUAGGCGGCGAAUCAAACGCUCUAACCUUAUGGGAUUUGAACGGCCCUGGGCGUCGUAAAGCCGAAUUAACGUUUGAAGCCCCUGCGUGCUACGCGUUGGCCUUAUCACCUAAUGGAAAACUUUGUUACAGCUGUUGCUCCGAUGGUUAUGUUUCUGUGUGGGAUGUGCACAAUCAAAGUGUCGUUCAUCAGUUCCACGGUCAUACAGACGGAACCUCUUGCGUUGAACUGUGUCCAGAUGGAAACCGUCUAUGGACCGGUGGUCUGGAUCACAAAGUCUGCUGUUGGGAUAUUCGUGCUCCCACGUCCCGCUCUCUCGCCUUCAUGGAAUUCAAAUCCCAAGUUUUCUCCUUGGGGCUGACCACUAAUUACGGUUCUCCACAUGGACAUGGUUUUGCUGGUCGACGGCAGACUGCUUCGGUUUCCCCUCGAUCAGGCGAUGGGGACUCAGCUUCUAGCACCGGCUUGAUGCGUGACUCAUCGAGUCCUCAGUCUGUUAGUGGUGGCGGUGGUGUCGGAAGCAGGGGUGGUUCGGGUGUUGGCAGUUGGUUGGCUGUGGGUCUCGAAUCAUCCGAGGUCGAAGUAGUUGCAAUCGGUCCUGAUGGGUUUGCCGUCAGUAGUUCGAAUUCUGCUGCUGGAUCGCGUGACGAAUCUAGUCCCGCGUUGUCUCCCAUGUCCUAUUCUCAACCUCCAACACCGCAACCUCAGCACUUCCGAUUAACACACCACGAGAGUUGUGUUUUAGCCCUCCGAUUCGCCCACCAUGGUGACUGGUUCCUAACUACAGGCAAAGAUCAUCAGGUGAACGCCUGGCGUACACCGUAUGGUGCUUGUCUCCUAGAGACCAAAGAAGCUGCAUCGGUCCUCACGUGUGACAUUUCACCGGACGACAAAUUCGUUGUGACUGGGUCUGGUGAUAAACGCGCCAACCUGUAUGAGGUGAUUUUUGCCUCCUCCUCUUCUAAUAACUCGUCUUAGUUACCAGCCACGUUUAUUGAACUCCUUUCCACUACUCAUUGUAUAUGGCACGUAUCACGCAUCUACUCAUCAUCGCCCAUCGGCGUCCUCGGUCCUAUUUCGGACUCCCCCUUCCUCUUCCGACUUCUUAUCGUCCGCUGCGUGGUGAUCCAAUUGACAUGAACAGAACGGUUUUCCCACUAACCGAUCGCCUGUCAUGACAUUAGAUUGGUUAUUGCUAUUCCCUUUGUUAGUGUUUCUGCAGCGGCACACUCGUUUAGCGUGUUAACAACACGAAUCUCGCCAUUGAUGCUAUCACCAUUGGUUUGAGCUCUCUCUCACACACACGCAUUUCCUCACCUUUUUGGUUCAUACUUUUACCUCGUGUUUUCACAUGCAUUGGUUUUGUUUAUUCCCGGUAGGAAACAUCAAGAUUACUCGUGUGUUGUUUUUCCUCGCCCCACCCUAUAACAUACUAUUCGUCUUUUAUCGGUUUGUGGGUUCAUCUCCAUCUUACACUCGAUUCUCAAAACCCCUUUGUCACCUGUACCGGGUACUCUUUUCUAGAAAACCACGUUGUCAUUGGUUUAUAAUGUACGGAUCACCAGUGGAAUUGUUACGAAUUUUUUGCCCUAUACGCGUCCUCCACUAGGUAAAAAUGAAUUCUCUCUCACAUCCCUGUAUAUAGUCCUAUGAACUAUUCCUCCUGGUCUGCGCCCUCCCCUCAAUCUUGUCUCUAUGAGCUGUUUCUAGAGGAUUCAGUUAUUUUCUAUAACCUUUUUGGAUUCAAAGUUGUCGGAGUUAAGGUCAUAUUCGGUUCUCCUCCUAUUCGUCACGUUAAGUUUUUACCCCUCGCGAAUUAGCACACGUCUCUUCCCCCAUCCGGUUAACGUGCGUGCGCUCGCCCUCAAUAUUCUGUCCGUCUUUUCCAGGGCACAACUCAUUCAUUUGUAGUAGCGCUUCCACCCUAGUAUCACCAGUGUGUCGAAGUAUAUAUAUAUACAUACAUACGUACAUAUAUAUAUACCCUCUUGACACAUCACCCCAUUCAUUUGACUGUUGUUGUCUUUAACUCACCAGUUUUCUUGGUUUUCUUCGAAAAUGCUGCUCUUUUGCGCACGUGCGAUCGCUAUGGUUCCUAUUUCCUAUAUCUGACCUUCACAAUGCAAUUCCAUUCCCUUUGUUAUCAGUACUACUGCGCUACAGCAGCAGCUGCAUCUGAUCUCGUGAAUUCGAUGUGAAUUCCAUCAUGCGCAAUGCAAUAUUAUAUGUUGACCUCAGCUGAUAGAUGAAUGUCUUAUCGUUUGACAUCGUGUAUGAGUUUUCCUGGUCACUAGUACAUUGCUUCUUUACGUCAGA